AUGUUCUCUAAAGUGCUCAAACAAGAUGGUUAUUCACAGUCUCAAGCAGAUCACACGUUCAUCAAACACUUUCCAACUGGGAAAAUUAUUGUGCUAAUUGCCUAUGUUGAUGAUAUUAUCCUUACAGGAAAUCACGAAGAAGAAAUGAGAAGACUGAAGAUUCUUUUAUCCAAAGAAUUUCAAAUCGAAGACCUUGGGCAUCUAAGGUACUUUCUGGGAAUGGAAGUAGCCAGGUCAAAAGAGGGGAACUCUGUCUCUCAACACAAGUACGUCCUAGAUCUCCUACAUGAAACUGGCAUGAGUGGUUGCAAGCAGGUUGAAACUCCUAUGGAUCCUAAUACGAAACUGAUAUCUCGGACUGAAGAGGAAGCUGAUAAGGGGCAAUAUCAAUGCUUGGUGGGAAAGUUAAUAUAUUUGAGACACACUCGUCUUGCUAUAAGUUUUUCCGUCGGGAUUGUUAGUCAGUUUUUAAGCAAUCCCUCAGUGGAUCAUAUGAAGGUUGUGAUUCGAAUUCUUAGGUACCUGAAAAAGGAUCCUGGAAAGGGAUUAAAGUUCAAGAAAACACUCAAUCGGUCUCUCAAAGUUUAUAUAGAUGCGGACUGGGGCGGAUCCCCUAUUAACGGGAGAUCUAUAUCCGGUUAUUGUUCACCUCUUUAG